CAAGGGAGAGGUUGGUGUAUUCCGCCACGGCCGCUCGACGAUGCUCGACCUUCUGGAGAGGGCCCACGCGCUCAUGGGAUCUGUCGGCGUGUCCCCACCUCGCCUACGCCGGCCGCCGUCGAUACCUCCUUCUCCGCCCGCCGCGUCCAACGAACCUCCAGCUUUCGCUUCUUCCGCGUCUGGGUCGGGCGCGUCCUUUGAGGAGCCCAGCACGACGCAGCUGCUCGACAGCCUGCCGCCCGAGGUGUGCCUCGCUGUGCGCGAGGCGCUCCUGAGCCUGCCGGCUCAGGCGGCACAGGCGGACGAUGCGCUCGAGCACAUCAUUGGCUGCCUCUCGGAGCAUCGGAAGCGGCGCGGGCGGCAGAGCUCGCCGCGGCGCGGGCUCGAGUUCCUCGUCACGAUGGACCCGGGCCAGGACCUCGACGACGAGAUGCUGCUCGUGCUUCUCGCGGCGCUGACGCAGCGCGGCCUGCUCGCCUGCCGUGGGGUCAUCACCUGCCUCGCGCCGGCCGACCUCCGCGCGCAGCUUGCCGCCGGCACGCUGCGCUCGCUCGGCCUCUCGGGCGUCCCCACCGCCGCCGGCACGGACGGCGGCGGCGGCGGCGGCGAGGCGGCCGCUGUCGAGGAGAUGAAGAAGGUACGGUAUCUGGUGCGAGGGCUGAGCUCGACGGGGGCGCAGUCAGGCCUGCGCGCCGGCUUCGCGCUGAUGCGCUCCUCGCUGCUCGCGGCGGAGGACCGGUCGCUUGUCCUGGUGGUGGUGUCGAGUCUCAAGGACGCGGCGGAGCUGCUUCGCGAGGAGGGCGCCCUCUUCAAGCGGAAGGUGCGGCAGGUCGUCAUCCAGGGGGGCGUGCUGCCCUUCUCGCCCGGCGUAGCGGCGGCGGGCGAGAUGCUCGAGCCCGACUCUGCGCACAACAACGCCUUUGACGCCGCCUCGUCGCGCUUCUUCUACCACCGCUGCCAGGAGCUUGGCGUGCCUCUCCUCGUCCUCUCCCGCUUCGCCGCCUACGGCUGCCAGGUGCCUCGCUCCACCUACGACGACCUCGCAGCGACGGGAGGACAGAUCGGGCGGCGGCUGCAGGAGACGCAGCGCACGUCGAUCGAGCGGCUGUGGCGCCGCGCGUGCGCGCCCGCCGACUCGCCGUCUCGCGCCGGGCUUCCGGUGCGGUGCGACAAGCGCUGGUUCUGUGACACGUUCCUCGGGGGCGACGGGCGCGACCGGGCAGAGGACGUUUCGAUCUGGGAUCUGGUGCGCGGCUUCAACAUGUACGACCCGAUCGCGCUCGUCGCGGCGGUGCCCGCGCUGGCGGAGCGCUUCUUCGAGACGGACGACCUCGUCGUGCACGGGGUGCGGCACCGCGUCGUCGGCGUGUCGGCGGAUCGGUCGGGCGUGCGGCCGGGCUCGGGGCUGCAGGAGUGGCUCUGCGCAGCCUUCCUGGAGGGGGCGCGCCUCGAGGCUGCCGCCGAGGAGGGCGAGGAGGAGCUGCCGCGCUCGGGCAGCAUGGGGAGGCCUCCCUGGUCUCGCGCCGAGCGAGGCGCCGAGCAGCACGCGCACGCACGCACUGCACGUACAUGGACAUCGAGACGCACACACGCACGCACGCACACGCACGCACACGUGCGCACGCAGACGCAGACGCACGCGCACGCACGCGCGCAACGAACACGUACCACCCUUUUGCGGCGGCAAUGAACACCGUACUCACCCUUGGCGGACCGCCCCGCCCUUGUCCCACGCUUCGGCGUGGGGAGUCCCCCUGCCGUGACGUGUGCUGCUCCCCUCUCCUUAGGCGCCGAGCGGGGCGACUCGCUCGACGACCCGUCCCUCUCGCCGGCGCUUGGCGAGGGCGGGCAGGGCAGCGACACGGUGCAUGAGGAGUGAGGCGCGAGCGAGUAGCCGAGGGGACUAGCGCGUAGCGGGCGGGGGCAUACAAUGCAGCUGUGGCGAGAGCGUGGCCGAAGCCGGGCAGGGCGUUGUGCCUCCAGGCUCCAACGUAGCGUGCCACCGUGCCUCAGGGCACUGGAGGGCGGCUCGUGAGCGUGGCUCGCGCACGGCUGUCCUUUCGCUAGAAGCAACACCAUGCCGCGCGGGAAUCAGCGCAUUCGCAUGAAAGCGUGCGCCCACUACACGACAGAGCCCACACACACGAAGUUUUUCUGUCUACUGACGACUACUGUC